GCCGGGGUCUGGAAGUGGAAGCGGCCCUGAGCGUCGCGCGGUGCCAGUCCCCUCUGCCCGGCUACCCGCCCGAUCGCGGCGGCGCGGCCCAUGCGGCUGGGGGCGGUGGCCCGGAGCGGAGCGGGCGGCGGGGCGCGGCGCGGCCGGCGCGAGGAUGCUGCUGUCGCUGGUGCUGCACACCUACUCCAUGCGCUACCUGCUGCCCAGCCUGGUGCUGCUGGGCUCGGCGCCCACCUACGUGCUGCUGUGGGGCGCCUGGCGGCUGCUGUCCGCCCUGCUGCCCGCGCGCCUCUACCAGCGCGUGGACGACCACAUCUAUUGCGUGUACCAGAGCGCCGUGGUCUUCUUCUUCGAGCACUACACUGGGGCGCAGAUUGUGGUAUAUGGAGAUUUGCCAAAAAACAAAGAAAAUAUAAUAUAUUUAGCAAAUCAUCGCACCACAGUUGACUGGAUCGUGGCCGACAUUCUGGCCAUGAGGCAGGACGCCGUGGGGCACGUGCGCUACGUGCUGAAGGACAGGCUGAAAUGGCUCCCGCUGUAUGGCUAUUACUUUUCUCAGCACGGAGGAAUCUAUGUGAAGCGAAGUGCCAAAUUCAAUGAAGGCAAAAUGAGGGACACGCUGCAGCGCUACGUGAACGCGGGCACGCCGAUGUACCUUGUGAUUUUUCCAGAGGGAACAAGGUAUACCCCAAAAGUCCUUUCCGCUAGUCAGGCAUUUGCUGCUCAGAGGGGCCUUCCAGUAUUAAGAUACGUGCUGACACCAAGAGUGAAGGCAACAUACGUUGCUUUUGAUUCUAUGAAGAAGUAUAUCGAUGCCAUUUAUGAUGUCACAGUGGUCUAUGAAGGGAAGGACAAAGGGCAGCAUACAGAAACUACAGGCAUGACUGAAUUCCUGUGCAGACAAAGUCCAAAAAUUCAUAUCCACGUUGAUCGUAUCGACAGAAAAGACAUCCCAGAGGAGCAGGACUCUAUGAAAAGAUGGCUUCACGAGCGCUUUGAGAUAAAGGACAAGUUGCUUAUAGAAUUCUAUGAGUCUCCCGAUCCAGAAAGAAGAAACAAGUUUCCCGGGAGAAGUGUCGAUUCCCAGCUAAGUCUCAGGAAGACUCUGCCGUCGGUGCUGCUCCUGAGUGGCCUGACGGCCGGGCUGCUGGUGACGGAGGCCGGGAGGAAACUGUACGUGAGCGCAUGCGUCUGCGGGACGCUCUUCGGCUGCCUGUGGGUCUCCGUCCGGGCCUAAGAGGCACCGUCCCCUUGUGCACUGUGCGACGUGGUCCCUCCGAUGGCUGCAGGAGACAUCCAGCUGCUUUCUGAAUUUAGCAAGAAGUGUAAAUAAAGCCUUGCUGAUGGAACAUUGGAGAAAACGGAAUUUAUGCAAAACCCAGUAUCUGCCUGAUCUUGGGAGGCACACAUUGUCUUUCAGCGUUCGUACAGGAGCUACCGAAGAGGUCAGCACUGGUGGAGUUUACGCUCUUCGUUACACGUCCCAUGAACUCACGUCACCUUAUCACAACCGUUAGGACUGUAACUCGCUAUUGCUUUAUGAUUCAGAUGGCUAUACUUUAACAUGAUUGUGCAGUGUAUCUCAUUAUAUUUGUUAUUUUCAAUGUUUGACAACUUGGCAGUUCCACACUCUUACCACUGAAGUGUUUAGGGUCUCGCUGUGUAAUACUUGGCCUUGUGUUCAGUGUCCUCGAGUCAGUGAAGGAGAUUGCAUUCAGAUACCAAGAUACCCGAGGGGAAGGCAGGAAGUGUCGGGCUCGAAGCUCUGUUCAGUGUGUGUUCUUACUGUAUUGCCUUGUUACCUGAUUUCAGAUUUGCAAAAUAAUUAACAUUAAUAUUUCUUGAAAUCACUUAAUUUGCCUACCCUGUAGUCUACACAAAAGAACAAGGCAGAAAAUGUCAAAAUGAAGUUUAAGGGCCGGGGAUUUAUCUCUGGUUCCGCUGCCUGCCUCUCAAGCACAAGGACUGGACUUCAAUCCCCGGUACCAAAAAAAAAUGAAGUUUAAGUUAAAAUUGUGACUGAUUCAUUGCAUCAGAACUGAUGCAUUGCCCAGCUUUUGAAGGCUUAAAGUGUGCUGUCGGUAAUUCCCAUCUGUGCCAUACGUGCUUAGAACAUUAAGGUGUCCCGUUAUCUUUUGUACCAAAAUCAUUGGCGAGAGCCUUUCUGUCGGGCCCUCAGCCCGCAGAUGGCCAGGUGGUGGGAGCCCGCAGGCGUUCUAACCAGAUUUGCUAGCAUGUGCCUUGUGCCUCUCUGAUUUCAGCGGCACAUCUGACCUGGAGGUCAUCUGUGUGCCGUCCUGGUAGCUCCUGAGCUCUGUGCUCCUCCCGCUUCCCUCUGUGCUGUGCAGUGGGAGGGGUGCAGAAACGGCCACAAUCGCCUGGGUCCGAGUUGCUCUCCUCCAGCUCUCAGAAGCGUCUUGCCUUCCUCCCCGCCGAGUGCUCACCUUCCUCCAGCCAGCGAAACUCAGGUGUAAUGCACCUGCACCGGCGCCCGCUGAGGGGCUCGCUCAUUUCCCUGUCCCAGGGGCGCUGCACCGCGACCCGCUCACCUGACACCAGCCUUGCACAGACCCACACCGGUUCCAGCCAGGAAGCCGCAUCCCACGGAGGAAGCAGGCCUGAAGACUGGUCUGCCCUGCUUUGUAGCAGAGGAAGCAUGGCUGUCUGCAGGCCUGUGUAAGAGCAUUUCUGCCUGCUACUACUUAGGGUGUUCUGUGGGGGUUGUUUGCAAAAUUAUACCAGUGACCCAGAUGAAAUGCACCAAUUGGCUCAUAAAGAAAAUGAAAAAAGUAAUUGAAGGAAAUUGUGUCUGACUGUUACAUUGCUCUUCCCAAGCCAGAGAAUAAGCCAUCUGUCGCCGUUCCCUUGGAGAGCCUAUGCUGCGAGUUGGUUUCGGCGUUGCCAUGUCUAUUAUAGCCACCUGUUCCAGAGACAGUUAGCCUAACUACGGAUGGGAGCAGAGGUCAAACUUGUUAAAAGUGCUCUCAUGACAAAGUGUAAUUUUCUCUUUCCUGUAAAGUGAAAUUUAAAUCAACCCAAUGUCUUUGUUGAAUAUAUUUGGGGGGUGGUACCGGGGAUUGAACUCAGGACAGGCAGGUGCUGUGCCGCUGAGCUACAUUCUCGACCCUAAAUACAUUUUUUAGCAGUGCUACAUUUAGAGCUUAUUUCUGACAAGAUCCAAGUAAAUGAGAUACUUCAAAUAUCAUGGUUAUGCUCCAGUUUUGAAUUCUGAGAAGCAGUAUCAUUGGAAUUGCACAGAUCAUAACUGGUUCUAACAAGGCAAAGAGGCCAGCACCCGCCUGCGGCCACUCAAACACUUUCUCGGGUCCAUGCACAUGUCACGAAAGGUUUAUAAACUGUGGCAGUGGGAAAAAAUUUUGUAUUAAAACAAAGCCUGUCUUUUAUGUGUUGAUUUUGACUUGAAUUGCCCAUUUUCUAAAAUUAAAAUCUCUGCCUACCUGCAAAUCUUUUCACACAAUAUCAUUUAAGCUUUUGUUUGUAUUAUUUUUAUUGAUUCACAGCUUAAUUAUAUUCAGCUUUUCUUUAUAAGACUUGCCAUCAAUGUGCAUGUUUGUGUUUUCCAGAAAAGGGCGUAUUUGGAGGGAAGCAAAAAAAUAAAAUCUUUCAAAGUCUCUGA